AUGUUCUUUAUUGGAUAUGCCCAUGGAUGGUGUGCAAAAUUUACUGAUGCUUAUGCUUUAAAUAGAGUUUUAACAGACGUACAUUCUCUUGCACAAUUUAGAGUUCUUGGUCCACUGUCGAAUUUUGCUGAAUUCGAUCGUGUAUUCAACUGCACACCUGGUCAAGGAAAUAGUCGAGUUAAAAAAUGUGCUAAUCCAGCUCAAUAUGAUUUUGCAUUCCAAUCACUUCCUAUUAAUCGUCGUCGAUGUAUUGCCUUUCUUCCCGACAAUCCAAAUGACAAAUUAUGUCAUUGUAAUCGAACUAAAGAUGAACAUCUCAAUACGAAUGAUCAAUGGCAAUCGAAUGAAAAAUGCUGUGCAGAUAUUCAUACGACGAAAGAUUCAACAAAAGAACAAGGACUUUCUCUCAUAAAUGGAGCACCAUAUGUACGAUGUGAUAUUCAAACUGAUCCAUCUAUUGUCGAAACAAUACUACUUGAUAUUUGGCGCAUUCCACGUCCUUCACUUCUAAUGCAAGUAACAGGCGGACAUAAAUACUUUAAAUUACGAGGAAAAAUGGAAGUUAAUUUUCUUGAUGAUUUUGUAAAAACAAAAUUUAAAACACAUAAAAAUUAA